AUAGAGCGGACUGCAAUAAAUUUGUCGCGUCCGGCGAUCCAUCUCCCACCUCUGCCCUGACCUCCCUUCCCUCGUGCUCCUCCCGUCACGCUCAUCUCUACUCCCCGUGACGACCAGGAAGGAAUUCUUCUUCCUCCGUCCUCGCCCCGUCGUCUUCUCACCUGCGUGCUGCGUUCGCGGACAAACUUCUUGGUUGGUGACACUGCGGAGCCCGAGCCUCAGCCUCGCAGGAGGAGACGGAGAGCGGAGGAGCGGGAGGAGAAAGCCACCUUUCUUCCCGUUUCAGACAAGCUCCCAGCUUUGACCGCCGUUGCUGCUGCUGCUGCUACCGUGUGCUCCCUGAGUCCCUGUUGCGUCCCGGAUCGGAGUUCCCCUCCGCACGGGACACCGCCGGGCCGGGCGUCUCCACUCCCCUCGGAUCGAUCAGCCCCCCCCACCGCCGCCGCAAGAUAGGCAAGCAAUGAAGUGCCUGCCUUUCUUGCAUGGAGAUGCCAAAGAGAAGGAUCCUGUCACUAAGUCGGCCUCUGUACGGUCCAUGAGCACAACAUCAACGGAGCGCGAUGUCCGCUCCGGUUCUGACUUCACCUCCUUGAAUGUUUCCGACAUGAGUGCCGAGUCAAUAAGGAGGACACAGUACCCCAGCUUCACUGACCGCCCGCCUAAUCUGAGGGUGUUCUCCUUUGCUGAACUGAAGAGUGCCACCCGCAACUUCAGCCGGUCUCUCAUGGUUGGCGAGGGUGGCUUUGGCUGUGUGUACAGGGGUGUCAUCAAGAACUCUGACGAACCGAGUGAACGAAUUGAGAUUGCUGUUAAGCAGUUGAAUCGUAAAGGACUUCAGGGGCAGAAGGAGUGGUUAACAGAGAUGAAUGUGCUUGGAAUUGUGGACCAUCCAAACCUAGUUAAACUAAUAGGCUACUGUGCUGAUGAUGAUGAGAGAGGAGUACAACGGCUUCUAGUGUAUGAAUAUAUGCCUAAUGGAAGUGUGGAUGAUCACUUGUCGAGUAGGUCAACUUCUACUCUGUCAUGGCCAAUGAGACUAAAAGUAGCUCUUGAUUCUGCCCGGGGACUGAAGUAUCUGCAUGAAGAAAUGGAAUUCCAGGUUAUUUUCCGAGAUCUGAAAACAUCUAACAUUUUGUUGGAUGAAAACUGGGAUGCUAAAUUAUCAGACUUUGGUUUGGCUAGGCAUGGACCGGCAGAAGGUCUGACCCAUGUCUCCACAGCGGUAGUUGGGACUCUAGGCUACGCAGCUCCAGAGUACAUGCAGACUGGACGCCUCACCGCGAAGAGCGACAUAUGGAGCUACGGCGUCCUUCUGUACGAGCUCAUCACAGGCCGCCGCCCCAUCGACAAGAACCGUCCAAAGAGCGAGCAGAAGCUUCUGGACUGGGUGAAACCAUACAUAUCUGACGUGAAACGGUUCCCCAUCAUCGUCGACCCACGGUUGGAAGGGCACUACAACCUCAAGUCCAUGACGAAGCUGUCUAGCGUGGCGAACCGGUGCCUGGUCCGGAUGCCCAAGUCCCGCCCAAAGAUGAGCGAGGUGUACGACAUGGUCCAGAAGAUCGUGGACAGCAUCGGGACCGGGCCGCCGCAGCCCCCGCUGCUGCACUACCGUGGCUCGGCCUCUGACCCGGCCACCAAGCGCGCCAAGAAAGGGUCUCUGAGGACGAGGCUCCGGGAGUUUGGGCUCGGCUGCCGGAACAUCGUGCAGCGGGGCUGGAAAGCCUGAGAUCGUGAAGAACCUCUGAGUGAGUCUGAGGAGGCGCGGCGUGGCUCCGGUGGUGCUGUAAGUACAGUAGCUGUUCAUAGAGACGGUGGUAACAGUUCCACCGUGUAGUGCUUGGUUGGUAUAGAGUGAGUUGAUGCAGAUGCAUGCAUACCAGUUGAGAAAGACAAGGUGCACAGUUGAGUGGUGGCGUUCGUGUAGAGUAGUGCUGUGUCUGUGUAAUUCACCUGGUUUUGACUCCUGUGGUUAACACAAUGUGUGAGCUGCGAUAUGGUGAGCUAUAGGGGGGGCCCUUGUGUUUUCAGUGCAAUUUUUUCUGCUGCCUCUUCGUCUUCUUGAGAAACCCUUCAGUAGCAUUAGAAGUCUGCUUCGGUUCUGCUCCA